AUGACGGAGAGAGGCUGCCACAUCAACGUCGCGAUGACCGACGACGUCGGCACCAACGGGUCGGCCGGGUCAAAGGUCGCCGCGGCCCUUGACCAGAAGAAGCGGCCGCGCGGCUCCACCGUGAGCUUCCACAACAUCCAGUACAAAGUUCUGCAGAGGAGCGGCUUCUUGUGCAAAAGGAAAAGCGCUCACAAGGGGAUACUGUUCGACCUCAAUGGGAUUAUGAGACCGGGCCUCAACGCUAUUCUCGGACCUACUGGAAGUGGAAAGUCCUCAUUCUUGGACAUUCUGGCUGCAAGAAAGGAUCCUUCAGGUCUCUUGGGAGAAGUUCUCAUUGACAAAGCACCACAGCCUCCCAACUUCAAGUGCCUCUCUGGCUACGUGGUUCAGGAGGACGUGGUCAUGGGCACCCUGACAGUGAGGGAGAAUCUUAGCUUCUCCGCCGCACUGCGCCUGUCCAGCUCGGUGCAUCAGGGCGAGAAGGAGGCUCGAGUCAAUCACCUCAUCAAAGAGCUGGGUCUCACCAAAGUGGCCGACUCCAAGGUGGGCACACAGAUGACCAGGGGGAUCUCGGGGGGAGAGAGGAAGAGGACAAACAUCGGCAUGGAGCUGAUUAUUGAUCCCUCGGUCCUCUUCCUGGACGAGCCGACCACCGGACUGGACGCCAGCACCGCUAACUCUGUGCUGCUGCUGCUGAAGAGAAUGGCCAGCGAUGGGAGAACCAUAAUUAUGUCCAUCCACCAACCGCGAUACUCCAUCUACCGCCUGUUUGACUCUCUGACCCUGCUGGUCGGUGGUAGAAUGGUUUAUCACGGACCGGCGCCAAACGCUUUGGACUACUUCACCGGCAUCGGUUACCUCUGUGAGCCCCACAACAACCCGGCGGACUUCUUUCUGGAUGUCAUUAAUGGAGACUCCGCCGCCACAAGCAUGACCAAAGCCCAUGGCUCUGAAGAUUUGGACUUUGAGGAGCUGGUCAGAUCCAGGCAGAGCAUCCAGGAGAACCUGGUGGAGGAGUACAGGAACAGCAGCUACUCCAGCGACACGAGAGCCGAGCUGGAGCUCAUCGUCCAGGAGAAGAAGUGCUUCUCGUACUCGACGGCUCACGCCAUCACCUACAACAGCUCCUUCUGCCACCAGCUGCGCUGGGUUCUCAAGAGAACCUUCCAGAACCUCAUGCUGACCCCACAGACGUCUGUGGCCCAGCUCGGGGUCAACAUUUUCCUCGCCCUCGUUGUUGGAGCCAUUUUCUUCGGGGUCAAAGAGGAUCAGAGUGGGAUGCAGAACAGGAUGGGGGUCCUCUUCUUCAUCACAAUCAACCAGUGUUUCAGCACGGUGUCUGCAGCGGAGCUCUUCAUCAUGGAGAGGAAACUGUUUGUGCACGAGUACAUCAGUGGCUACUACCGAGUGUCCGUCUACUUCCUCUCUAAGAUCCUGGCGGACAUCGCUCUGCGCACCAUCACCUCUGUCAUCUUCAGCAGCAUUGUCUACUUCAUGAUUGGGCUCAAAUCCACAGCUGCGUCCUUCGCCAUCUUCACGCUGACCGUGACCCUGGUGGCUUACACAGCCACAGCGUUGACCAUGGCCAUUUCGGCUGACCAGAGCAUCGUGGCCCUCGCCAACAUCUACAUGACCAUCACCUUUGUUUUCAUGAUGAUUUUUUCAGGUCUCCUGGUGAACUUACCCAGCAUGAAGGCCUGGCUGGCCUGGUUGCGGUACUUCAGCAUUCCUCGCUACGGCUUUGCAGCCUUGCAGAUCAGUGAGUUUGUGGGUUUGAAGUUUUGUGAUGAGGCUCUGAUCCAAAACGCCAACAUGUCCCCUGCUGGUACAAACCGCAGUGUGAGCACAGUCGGCCCGACAUGUACAGGGGAGCAGUAUCUGGACUACUUGGGAAUAGAGCACACCGCCUGGGGACUGUGGGGAAAUCAUGCGGCUCUGACCAUUAUGAUGUUCAUAUUACUCAUCGUUGCCUAUUUGAAACUCCGCUACAUCAAGAAAUUUACUUAAAUGUGUCAUUGUGUAUCUUUUUAUUUUUGUCUUCACUGAACCAGGACAAUAGCUGCUCACCGGGUACUUUUCCUUCCACAUGAUAGUACACCAUUAUCAAGUUAUUAGCAUAAUACUCUUGUAUCUAAAUAUGGUAUAAUAUGAGUAUU